AUGGAUACCACUGUCAAUCAUCAGGGUCAUAAGGGGGCUUGUGCGGUCAUGUUGCCAGCCACUUGUGCAUCACCCGUCUCUCUGCCAACCCAAUCUGAGAGCCCCUUGUCUCCGGGUAGCCCUGAUUUGCUUGCAAGGCGAAAGGCCAACAACCAUCAGGGCUAUAAAGAGACUCGUGUGGUUUCUACUUUGGUCGACAAAGAAACGGUCCCAUCAAAGAGCCCCUUGUCUCCGGGUAGCCCUGAUUUGCUUGCAAGGCGAAAGGCCAACAACCAUCAGGGCUAUAAAGAGACUCAUGUGGUUUCUUCUUUGGUCGACAAACAAACGGCCCCAUCAAAGAGCCCCUCGUCUCCAUAUCAACCCAAUAAUCUCCCAUCGAAGAGCCCCUUGUCUCUGGGUAGCCCUGAUUUGCUUGCAAGGCGAAAGGCCAACGACCAUCAGGGCUAUAAAGAGACCCGUUUGGUUUCUUCUUGCACUGCCCAAGCAAUGUCAAUUCCAGUUCCCAAACCUCGUAAUCCUCCGCCCCAAUACCCGUCCGGUACAGCAAAGAAGAUUGCACGAGCUCACAGGAAGAAUGGACUUUAUCAUCUGUUCACCCUCUCAAACCCCAGUUUCCCCGAAGUAUGUCAUAAAGCUUCCAAUCCUAGCGCAAACUUCCCGUCAAAUUGGAACAAUCGCGGUAAAUCUGCUGGUACAUACGCCCGAAGAACCGAUCUCACCCCUGCUGAAAAGGCCCUAGACGAUACCCUGUGGGCAAAGCUUCAAUCACACAACGAAUUUCUCUCUCAACGAACGGAAGCAAUUUCCCGCAGUGCUUACGAACAAAACAAAAAUUUGAUGAAUGAAUACGGUCUCCCCAAUUGGUCUCAGGAGGAGUGGUCACAAAUGCGCAAGGAGGAUCGGCCCAAGUACAAGUUUGCCUCCAAUGUGUCUGUAACGUACAACAAUUUUUAUAACGAGCAACAUCAAGACAAAAACGACAUCAACGGCUGGUCCUAUGGUCUCUUUUCUUAUAUCGAACUUGGAACUGACUUUGGAAAAGCCGCUGGUAGCGUCGAGCUUGUUUGGCAAACUUCCAUGUUUGAACACUGUACGACCCAACCGCCUGAAUCACUCCGAAUGAAGGCGUAA